AUGAUCGAGCUCGGCCUGGCCAGGAUCCAGAAGCUCCUGCAUAAAACACCACAGACCUGGAAGGCUAUCCACGUCGCCGGCACCAAUGGCAAGGGCUCCAUAUGCGCAUACUUGACUGCCCUGCUGCGGGCCAACAAUGUCACAUGUGGAAAGUUCACCUCGCCACACCUCAUCGACCGCUGGGACUGUAUCUCCAUCAACGACAGCGCAAUCCCUGAAACCAGGUUCCGCCAUUUUGAGGACCUCGUCAAGCAACGGAAUGAGGACUGGCAUGUCGGUGCUACAGAGUUUGAGCUGCUCACAGCCACUGCGUUCGAGAUCUUCGAGGCCGAGAAGGUCCAAGUUGGCGUCGUGGAAGUCGGGCUCGGUGGAAGGCUGGAUGCGACUAACGUGCUACAAGAGAAAUCCGUUACCGUCAUCUCCAAGAUUGGAUUAGACCACCAGUUCCUGCUGGGAGAUACUAUUGAAGAGAUAGCGUUGCAGAAAGCAGGCAUCAUGCGUCAGGGGGUCCCGUGUGUGGUCGAUGCCAGCAACCCAAAAUCCGUACUUGGCACUUUUCAGAAACAUAGUCGGGAUGUCGGUACUAGUGUUACAAAUGCCUCCCCCGAGUCGAAUGAGCUCGCUAGGUUGUUGGGAGACACCAUUGAGCCACACCAGGCCCAAAAUCUUGCCGUCGCCCAUGAGGCGUUUCGUCUCGCUUUCCCUCAAAACAUCAAGCCCCUGGAUAUCCUCGUCCCAGCAGUGAGGAACAUUAAUUGGCCUGGGCGACUCCAAUUACUGGAUAUCAGUGCUCUGACGGGUCGACAAGGCGAUAUCCUCUUGGACGGUGCCCAUAACCCACAAUCAGCUGAGGUACUGGCGAGCUAUGUCAAUAGACACUUCCGUGCAGGCGAUCUACCCAAAUCCGUGACCUGGGUCCUCGCCGCCUCGCAGGGGAAGGAUCUUGGCGACAUCAUGAAGCUGCUCAUCCAACAAGACGAUUCGGUGGCUGCUGUCGAGUUUGGCCCAGUCGAUGGCAUGCCAUGGGUAAAACCAAUGAGUUCUGCCACCAUUCUCGAAGCCACCAAUGCCAAGACUCGGUAUGAUAGUCGAUCAGACCUUCUUGGUGCUCUCCAAUGGGCCACAAAGGUAGCAAAUAACGGGCCACUUGUCAUCGCUGGUAGUUUAUACCUGGUUUCUGAUGUCUUGAGGUUAUUGCGAGAGACAGCAUAG